AUGCAUCUUAAUACCUGCCCGUCAUGUUUAUUAUUUAUUGCUUUUAUCCUGACAUUCAUUCACUCGGCCAUUUCUCAGCCUAUCAGAGCCAGCAAAUGGAUCAAAUCGGGCCCAUUCGAGACUAUCAAUCCUCAUGGGACAUGGACGCAGAUGGAAAAAGAAGCCCAAAGCUACUUGGCUAGCCCAUCGCAAGUCAAUCAUAACCAGAUGCAGAGCCCAGCCUGGCGGCCCACAGGCUAUGACAUGGAAGCAACAGAGCAAAUGGGACUUAAGCUUUCCCAUUCAAAAGGAAUCUCUGCAUCUACAAACCAAGCUAUUCCAAUAGUCUCUGUAACCCCGCCUGGAUAUUUGGAGAUGACUGCCGAUAAAACACACAAGCACUAUUCGGAAUAUGUGAAAGCCAAAUCAGGGCUCAAGUCAAAACUCGAGGAGAUAUCGAACGACGCUAUUGCUGCUGAUAGACAGCAUCGCUAUGACGAGUUUCUAAGAAACAUGCACAUCAAGAACGCUAUCCACCAGAAGCACAGUGAUAACCUCCCAGGGGUCUUCUCUGUUUCUUCUGGUCAAACAGUCUCUUUCUUUACAUAUCGCAUUCCUAUUCCGACGCUGAGGUUCAACACAUCCAGCUUAACAGGCUAUCCUUUUCCUGGGGUCUUUACAACGGUUAUCGUCCUCUUGGCGAUGGUUUGGAUCGCCAUGAUCACCAUCGGCCUGGUUGAGUUGGGCAAUCAUAUGUGGAUGCGGCGUCGUCGAACUGUCGACGCACAGUGCAGCAAAGAGCACAACGUGGAACUCGACGAGCUGGCGAAGGUGCCAAUCACAGUUGUUGCGAUUCCCACGGACAGGGUCCUGAUUACGAAAAAUUAUCAGCUCACAGAACAUGCACUUGAGGACUCUGACGAGAAUUCGGAUUCUGAUGAAGAUGAUUAUCGAAUCUUUUGA